UCAUCAAUAAAUUUGGUCAAAAGCCUUUAGCCGUGUGGUUAGCGCCAUCUUGAGUCAAUAAUUUUUUUUUUCAACACAAAAAGAGGUUGGUGGUUCACUGCUGGCCUAGAGAUUUGAGAAAAUCAUUGAAAAUACAGUUCACAGGUAGAAAAAUGUCUCUUGUCAGACCCAAGAUGAGAGGCCUGUUGCAGGCUGCUUUAAAGAAACACUUCUUGAUUGGUUGUACCUUAGCUAUAGCAUCAGCAUAUGCCACCAAAGUUUACAUGCUUGACAGUAGAAAGGCAGCGUAUCAAGCAUUUUACAAGGACUAUGACAUGAUGAAAGACUUUGAGAGAAUGCGUGAUUUAGGUGUUUUUCAUUCUGUGAAACCAGCAGGCUCAGAAGAAUAAAUAACAUCAUAUUCAGAUAUUUAGGUCUUUGUAGAGAUAUUGAAGUUAAUGAAAAUGACUGACCAAUGCAAGAACAAAUUCAAUUUGUCCUCAACCUCACCAACAAACAGAUCUGAAAAAAUGUAGACAAGUUUUUAAAGAGCCUGUGUUGGUUUUCAUAAUAAUAUCUUGAUUGGAAUCGAUAUUAGGUGAAUAGCAUGCUUGGAAUUAAUAAUUUGCUGUGUUCAAUUUCAUUGCCUUUUGCCAAGAAAUAAGAAAUGUAUGGUUUAAUGCAAUUAAAAUAAUUAUUGUUGGCAAUGUUAACAUAAAGUUUAUUCGAAUAUCAGAGAAUCAAUCAA